AUGAAGAGAAGUGGCUUCUUGAAAAUCAUUAGCUGGAGCAAACAAGUGGCCAUAUCCCGGCGCAUAAGUUUGACAGCAAUGGCGAAAAGUAAAUUUGAAUAUGUUAAAGAAUUCGAACGUGACGAUAAUUGCUUGCCAAAUUGUUGGAUUGUGGUUAGAAUAGACGGAAGAAAUUUUUCGAAAUUUACCGACGCGCACCAAUUUGCUAAGCCGAAUGAUGUCGCCGCUUUGGAGUUGAUGAAUCGUGCUGCUAUUACUGUUAUGGAAGAUUUUAAAGAAAUAAUAUUAGGUUUCGGACAAAGUGACGAAUAUUCCUUUGUCUUUCGUAAAGACACACAACUUUAUAAACGUAGAGCAUCCAAACUCAUGUCCAAUGUUAAUUCUUUAUUUGCCUCCUCCUACGUAUAUCAUUGGCCUCGAUUUUUCAGAGGUAGAGAUCUCUACUAUCCGCCAUCCUUUGAUGCGCGUGUUGUCUUAUAUCCAACUGAUAAAAAUUUAAGAGAUUAUUUGGCCUGGCGUCAGGCAGAUGUUCAUGUGAAUAAUUUAUAUAAUACAUGUUUCUGGAAUCUUGUCCUUAAAGGAAAAUUAACUCCAAGCCAGGCCGAAGAAAAGCUUAGAGGUACUUUAGCUUCGCACAAAAAUGAAUUGCUUUUCCAAGAAUUUGGAAUAAAUUAUAACAAUGAACCUGCUAUAUUUCGAAAAGGCACUACACUUUUACGUAAAUUGGUGCCAGAUGGUACAGGACGAUUAAAACCUGCUGUUGUGCCGCUAGUAGAUGAUAUUAUUGGCGACCGUUUUUGGAAAGAAAAUCCAGAAGUAAUUGGUCUGAAAAGUUUAGCAACUUAUCAACCGCCAAAUAUGGUUAAUAAUGCUAUUAAAAAUACAAUUUGUACAUCAGUGCCUCUUUCUCCUGGUACUCUUAAACACAUUAAUAAUGUUACAGUACCUCCCGUCGUAUGUAAUACAAAUUCAAAGAAUGAAGAAACAAAUGUUAUAAGAAGUAGAGAAAUGGAUGGUGAUCGAAUGCAAUGUGAAAGUGACCAAAUUAUUAGAAAAUAAGUUGUGUUUUCAAUUUUUCUAUGACAAAAUAACUAAACUAAAAAUAAUAUUAUUUAAAUCAUGUGCUAUCCAUUCUUCGAUCGUGCAAAAGUGAAUUUUGUUAUAAAAAUGAACAACAUAUUGCAUGCAUUGAUAAUGGGUAUGGAUGCGAACAUAUCUUUUGCUCUUUACAUCAACAUUGUUGACAAUGUUACAUUGUUACAAGCAUUGUGGAUAUAGCUAAAAACAGAAUCAUGAAACUUUUGCAAACUUUCAGUGGAUAAAAUUAGCUCAUAGAUU